UUUUUGAUGUUGUAUACACAACAAAAAGAGGAAACCAGCAGCCAGUUUGAUGAACCAAUCGUGAACAAAGGACUAUGCAAUGGAAUCUUCAAUAACUGCUCUGGCAGAAAGUAAUUGGAAAAGGGUUGGAGGUUGUGAACUAUUACAAACCCUACAAACUAGAAUAACGCAUGAGGACAUUUUCAUAAGGCCUUCUUUGCAUGAAAUUAUAAGAGAUGAAAACGCAGUUCUCCUUAAGAAAGGGGAAUCCAAUGAUGCAUGCGAACUUCUGGUUCGUUUGAAGCGGCCUUUUUAUAAAAUUGACUCCUUAUCUUUGGUGUGUACAACUCCAAAACUGGAACUCUUUCUGGGACCACUUAAAGAAUAUGCAGAGACUUUGUACGGAGAAAUUGCUGACGAUGAGGAUGAUAAUGACGAUGGUGAAGUAUUCUCCUACAGAUAUGAUAUUGAAGUGCAGAAAUCAGGCAUUACUGAAUUAUUACUUAAGUUGCUUACACCAUCCGACGAUAUCUGUAUAUUUGGUAUUUUAAUACAAAUGGCACCCAAUCCCAAUGGCAUAACAACGGGAACAGAAAUUAAUAUGGAAAAUGUUCAGAAGAUGCUGAACACAGGACAGAAAAUAUCACCAAAUGCUGAGAAGUGCAUGCUAUUUAUGCAAACGGCCAAACAAAUGCAAGGUAUGGGAAACGUUCAAACUAACUCAACACUUUUAGAACACAUGAAACAGGCACUGGCCAACCGAGAGACGCCUUCAUCGGAACUGGAAGCUGCAUUAAAGACUCACAUAGAUAAUAAGUUUGAACAAUUAGAGCGUAAGAUUACUACACAUUUAAAUACGGUGCUAUCUGAGCAAAACGAAAAACUCGAUAAAAUUUUGCAAAUUAUGGAAAAUGGAAAACUUAAUUAACACAUAUAAUUUUUUUAAGUUCAAUUUUAAUAAAGUGACAAUGAAAGUA